CACGAUAUGUAUUUUUUAUUUGAAAAUAUCAUACAUAUUAUAAAUCAAUAUAAUAUGAUGAUGAAAUAAUAAAAUAAUUCUGUAACAAAAAGGAUUAUUACAGGAUUACUGUAUUAUCUUUUAGGAUUGAAGUUUCACAAAACUAAGGACAAAUGUUUCUUCUCUGGUGAUCAAUCGAAUUCCAACGGAAAGUCAAAGUUGUCGAAUUUAUUCUUCUAAUAAUAACAGUCAGUAAUGAUCAAACUUUCAUUAAAAUUUAACAAUCAAUCGAAGCUUCUUUCUUUCAUUCAAACUUAACUAAUUUACUAUAAGUCCAUAUAUUACGUCAUAGUCAACUGAGAUUCAAUAGCGUGCGGAAGUUCACAAAUGUUCUAUUCGACCGAAUUUGCUUAGGGAUAUAACGACAGAUAAUUUGCACAUGCUUGCAUACAUAAGCUAAUGGUGUUGCCUUAUCAGGUGGAAAAAAAUGCGUUUUCGGCGGGAAGAUAGCGAGAGGGAGGGCAGGUUUGAACGGGAGAGCAUGGGCAGGACCAGCGGUAGCAUUGACCAAUGAAACACCAAUGCACUGUGAAUCUACCAAUCACCACGCGCAGCGGAACAAUGGUUUCUCGGGGUAAGGCAAGCCAUAUAAGUUGCUAGUUCAGUACUGCCUUUGUAGCAUACUCUUCUAUCACUUGUUGGAGUUCCGCUGGACGGACUUGUUUUAGUUCAUUGUAAACAGCGAAGAUUUAUUCAUGUGAAAUGUGCAAUGAAUUUUUAUCGAUGAAUAUUAGUGAAAACGAUGUUUUUAACAAGAUGAAUUUUAAGAAAUAAGUGUGUUGUGUAAAAUGAUAAAAAUAAGUGAAUGUAAUAUUUUAUGAACAAAACUAAAAUGCAAGGAUUUCAAAGGAACUUCGAUGAUCAACAACGAGAUCAAAGAGAAGAUGAGACUAUUGUGGUAGAUCUUGUGCCUCCACAGUAUCAAGUGAGCCCUCCGCGGAGUCCGUCGCCGAAUAUACCAAAGACUCCUGAAAAAGAUGCGACAGUAUCUCAACAGCAACCGUUAUCGUCGAUGGAUCCGAAUAUUAGAAGAUAUAGGACGGCGUUUACUCGAGAACAACUAUCAAGACUAGAGAAAGAAUUUCACAGAGAGAAUUACGUUAGCAGACCUAGAAGAUGCGAAUUGGCGGCAGAAUUACAUUUGCCGGAAUCGACAAUCAAGGUGUGGUUUCAAAACCGUCGCAUGAAGGACAAGCGGCAAAGGAUGGCCAUGGCGUGGCCGUACGCGAUGUACACGGAUCCAACGUUGGCGGCAACCCUCUUAGCAGCAGCAACAGCAAGUCUGCCACCUCCAUACCACGCAUCUCCGGGUCUACCACCUACUCAUCUGGGCCACAGCUAUCCAGCAGCGGCAGCUUAUUACGCCACAAGAUAUUCGCCGUACACUGCAGCACCUACGGGCGCAUCCUCGCUUCAUCGGCCACAUCCUCGCAAUGCGGCUGCGUAUCCGCAUCUCUUACAGCCUCACCCUUCUCUACAACCCCUACAUCUACCGAACUUGGGCGUUUCUACAAUGGGAAAUACCGCCUUUCAGGCGAGCAACCCACCCACUAGCGCGUCGACCACUUACAGACCAACGAUGCUACCCGAGUCCUUGAGUCCAGCUCACUCGGACGCCUCCAGCGACUGCGACUGCGUCGGGGUUCAACAUCAUCAUCCUCAUCACAACAACAACCAACAACAAAUACUCGAAAAAAGCUCGCCACCCAAUGGCAACCAUACCACUCAACAGCAGAUCAAAUUACCCACAGGCAUCAGUUUGUCUACCAGUAUUCAACUACCUCCCAAGCCGCCAUUGUUUCAACCAUAUACAAUGUGA